AUGAACUCAAGCGAAGGAAAUAUGAUGCCCAAAGAUGUUUUGGAGGAACAGGGAAAAGGAGACGAGGUAUCUUUGCUCGCAAAGCGCUUUCGAGCAGAGAUCGACAAUGCCAAUGCGGUACAUACGGAAUGGCUUGCAAAAUACUGUGCCGAUUGCGAUGACGGGUUUGUGGAUUGUGUGGACUAUGGCGACAAAGAAGAUGAAGACGACGAAGAGAAGACCCUCAAAGCAGAGGAACAAGAGCGGAAGCGCCCGAGCACCAAUUCUGCUGGCAAGAGGAAGGACGCCCCCUCAGUCACACAGCAAACAUCUCGUCCCACCAAAUGGCUCAAAGCCGUCAAUGGUGACAAGAAAUCUUGUGUGGCUCCUGGUGGACUUGGUGUCUUGGGAGACGCCAUGCUGCUUGUCAUGGAGUACUUGGCGCCGCGGGAGCUUUUUCGGGUGGCGUUCACUUGCAAAGCGCUGAUGGACAAGGUAACCACUCCUAUGGUGGUGCGAAGCGCCAUUAUGGCUGGUAGUCGUUCCAAGGCCGCGAUGGACGCCUUGCAUCCUCUGAUGAAAAGCCAAUGUAUCCACGUGCCGUCUCCUUUGCGAUUGUUACGCCUGGCGAAUGCCAAGAAAUGCGAGGCACCAGAAUGCAACAAUACAAACACAACGCUGCGUGCCGGUUGGGGUGUGAACUUGUGUUGGCCAUGCAUUGGCAGUCUACAAGAGCGUCCCACUGCGCACGUGCAGAUGGUGGACAAACGAUACCUUCCCUCUCGGUGGGGAAAGACUUUUUCCAAGGUCAUAUUGCAACAUCCGCGUGUGGCCAAACACAUCCAUUGGCGCCAUAUGUCGAAACGCCUUCACUUUUGGUGCAAGGAACUCGUUUCUCCUUCUGGUGAGACCCACGGACCAUUGAUCACAGUGGGGCAAAUAGACAACGUGAAAGAACACCUCGCAAAGGGCGACGUGGGUGAAGAGGCCCUCCUGUGCGUAGUGCUCUUGGAAGGAGCUCCGGAACCCCGAGAAUACCGUCCUUUCGUGGAAGCAUACGAAAGCAGUGCCGCCCAGGCCAAACUGGCGGAAGCUACAAGACGAGAGGAAAAAGAACGAGCAAAGACGAGCUGCAAAAAGGGUGUGAAGGAGUUGCUGGACACAUUGCGAGGCCAUAUGGACGAGCGAUGGAAAGAAUGCAUCUUCGAUCACGAGAUGGUUGACCAAUGGUCCCGUGGAGGCAAGAGGAAGCAAUCCACCGUCAAAUUCCAUGUGGGUUUUGUGGAUGACCUGUUGAAGCCCUACGUAGCCGCCCCCAGCAUGGCCAAGAAGAAAAAGGUAGUUGCUGAUCUUGCCAGCGAGAUCAAUCAAAGGAUGGGUCAGGUCUGGACUCUUGGAAGUGGCCAAGCCGACGCGCAGCAAAGCGAAAACAACGCUGAGCCCAGCACGGCCCACCACGCAUAG